CAUUUCUAGUUUCCAUUUUCACCUGCACAUUUUCUGUUAUCCAGCUACAAAUGGCUCCUCCCUCAAAUGCCGACCUCGGAAAGAACACUCGUGAUGUGUUCAACAAAGGCUAUAGUUUUGGCCUUCUCAAGUUGGAUGUUAAGACCAAGACAAAUUCGGGAGUUGAAUUUUUCAGUGGCAGAGUCUCCAACCAAGAGACUGGAAAAGUGUUUGGUUCAUUGGAGACCAAAUACAAGCUCAAAGAACAUGGAGCAACUUUCACUGAGAAGUGGAACACUGACAACUUGCUGACAACAGAAUUGACAUUUGCUCAUUUCUGCCAGGGAGGUAAAGUUACAGUAGGAGCCACAUUCGCAUCACACACCAGUGAUAAGUUGGCAGCAGUGAAAUCUGAAUACAGAAAUCAGUCAGCUGCCGUAAACCUUGACCUUGACUCCAAGUCAGCCAACCCAGCUGUCAAGGCCGCCUCCAUUUUUGGAUACAAUGGGUGGCUGGCGGGCAUGUCGGCCAAGUACGACUACUCGAAGAACACCCUGACAGGCAGCAGCUUCGCACUGGGCUACACGACCGGUGACUUUGUGCUGCACACCAACGUUGACAACGGUCGAGACUACACUGCCUCCAUCUUCCAGAGCGAUUCCCUUCUGGACACAGCCAUUCAGCUGUCGUGGUCGGCGGGCAGCAGCAACAUGCGCUUCUCGAUCGGCUGCAAGUACAACCUGGACCAGGCCGCCGGCGCCGCAGUCAAGGCCAAGGUCAACAACGCCAGUCAAGUUGGCUUGGGAUACUAGCAUAAGCUGCAUGAUGGAAUCACCAUCUCUCUGUUGGCGGUGAUAGAUGGAAAGAACUUCAAUGAGGGCGACAAGAUUGGUCUGAGUCUCGAAAUGGAAGCUCAAAUGUUUACUUUGUUGCUGAUAAAGUUUAUUUCUUGAAAUGAGAUUAUAGAGGAGACAGGAUGAAGAGCGAGGCAUAGACAAAAAAAUAUAAACAAGAUCGCUGUAGUCAUUAAAUAAACCUAUGUAGAUAUACAACUAUUAUUCUUGUAUUAUCUUGGAUUGUUCCUCUUUGCAACACUGCUCUUGAGUUGUCAAAUACAUCCUAUCGAUUUAUUGAAC